AUGGGAACUCUGAAUUGUUCAGUAAUCACACCGAGAAAUAAUAACGACGACGACAACGAUGAAGACGAUGAUGACGUUGAUGAAGACGAUGAUGACGUUGAUGAAGACGAUAAUGACGUUGAUCAAGACGAUGAUGACGUUGAUGAAGACGAUAAUGACGUUGAUGAAGACGAUGAUGACGUUGAUGAAGACGAUAAUGACGUUGAUGAAGACGAUGAUGACGUUGAUGAAGACGAUAAUGACGUUGAUGAAGACGAUGAUGACGUUGAUGAAGACGAUGAUGACGUUGAUGAAGACGAUAAUGACGUUGAUGAAGACGUUGAUGAAGACGAUGAUGACGACGUUGAUGAAGACGAUGAUAACGUUGAUGAAGACGAUGAUGACGUUGGAGGAGGCGGAGGAGAGCGGCGACGAAGAAAAUAA